AUGCCCCUUGUUCCUACUGGAAGGAUAGCUCGUGUGCCACGAGGUGAGAGGACACGGCUGCCACCUGUGUGCUUCUGGUCCCAAGCAGCUGUGGGCGCAAGAGGAAUAGGAAGGAGGUUUGCUUGCUUUGCGCAGAGGCUGAGCCACAGGAGAAAGCAGAGCCAGUGUGAUUUAUUGAAAGAAAGCACUGGACAAUUACCAGCAACUUGCUCCUCUGCUGCCUCAAACAACCUAACCUGGAAUUGUCGUGUGAAAAUGACCCAACAAAUGCAGAAUUUACACCUUUCUCAGUCAAAAAAACAUAGCGCCCCUUCGUCUCCCAAUGCUGCCAAACGCCUGUACCGGAACCUCUCAGAGAAACUGAAAGGGAGCCACUCUUCAUUUGAUGAGGCCUAUUUUAGGACAAGAACUGACCGGCUGAGUCUCAGAAAGACUUCGGUGAACUUCCAGGGCAAUGAAGCCAUGUUUGAAGCAGUUGAACAGCAAGACAUGGAUGCUGUGCAGAUCCUCCUGUAUCAGUAUACACCGGAAGAACUAGAUCUCAACACACCCAACAGUGAGGGGUUGACACCUCUGGAUAUCGCCAUCAUGACCAACAAUGUACCCAUUGCUAGGAUUCUUCUGAAGACAGGGGCCCGAGAAAGUCCACACUUUGUCAGCCUGGAAAGCCGAUCUAUGCACCUCAACACGCUGGUGCAGGAAGCCCAGGAGAGGGUGAGUGAACUGUCUGCUCAGGUGGAGAAUGAAGGAUUCAGUCUGGACAACACAGAGAAAGAGAAAGAGCUGAAAGCUUGGGAGUGGAGGUACCGACUCUACAGGCGCAUGAAAACAGGCUUUGAACACGCCAGAGCCCCCGAGGUGCCAACCAGUGCUUGUCUCGUGGUAACCAGCAGCACAUCACUCACUGUCAGCUUUCAAGAGCCUCUUAGUGUCAACGCAGCUGUAGUAACCAGAUAUAAAGUGGAAUGGAGCAUGUCUAAAGACUUUUGUCCUCUGGCUGGAGAAAUCAUCGUGGAAAACCUGCAGACCCUGAAAUACACAAUCACAGGACUGAAAACGGGCCAACAGUAUUUUGUUCAAGUGUCGGCUUAUAACAUGAAAGGAUGGGGACCUGCUCAGACCACGACGCCAGCAUGUGCUUCUCCUUCUAAUUGGAAGGACUAUGGCGACAGAGCCCCCAGACACAAGGGACAGAGUGAAGUUUUGGAAGGUCUGCUGCAGCAGGUCCGAGCCCUUCAUCAGCAUGAUAGUUGCCGGGAAAGUUCAAAAUUGCAAACCUCGGGCCGUAAGCAGUCAGUCUCUAGGAGCCUGAAACACCUAUUCCAUUCCUCAAACAAGUUUGUGAAGACCUUGAAACGGGGACUCUACAUAGCUGUUAUAUUUUAUUACAAAGACAAUAUGUUAGUCACCAAUGAAGAUCAAAUACCGAUUGUUGAAAUAGAUGACUCUCACACCAGUUCCAUUACACAAGAUUUUCUGUGGUUCACAAAGCUGUCUUGUAUGUGGGAAGAUAUAAGGUGGUUGAGGCAAAGCGUACCCAUCUCCACGUCCUCGUCCACAGCACUACAAACUCGGCAGAAGAUGCUUGCAGCAACAGCCCAGCUACAGAAUUUACUUGGGACACACAACUUGGGAAGAGUUUACUAUGAACCCAUUAAAGAUCGACAUGGAAACAUCCUCAUAGUCACCAUCAGAGAAGUGGAGAUGCUCUAUUCAUUUUUCAACGGAAAAUGGAUGCAGAUCUCAAAACUGCAAAGCCAGAGGAAGUCUCUCUCAACACCCGAGGAGCCAACAGCCUUAGACAUUUUACUGAUAACCAUCCAGGAUAUUCUCUCCUAUCACAAAAGGAGUCAUCAGCGUCUCUCUCCUGGAUUAUAUCUGGGUUACCUAAAGCUCUGUAGCUCUGUGGACCAGAUCAAAGUUCUUGUUACCCAAAAGCUGCCUAACAUUCUCUGUCAUGUGAAGAUCCGUGAAAACUAUAACAUUUCCAAAGAGGAGUGGGAAUGGGUCCAAAAGCUUUCUGGCUCUGAAUCUAUGGAAAGUGUGGAUCAUACUCCUGACUGCCCCAUGCGAUUGUUCUUCUACGAGCUCCAGAUGGCAGUGAAAGCUCUCCUUAAGCAGAUCAACAUACCUCUACAUCAGGCAAGGAGCUUCCGCCUCUACACACAGGAGGUGCUGGAAAUGGGCCACAAUGUGUCCUUUCUUCUCCUGCUCCCUGCCUCAGACGACGUCUGUGCAGCCCCAGGACAGAAUAAUCCUUACACCCCGCACUCAGGGUUUCUUAACCUCCCUCUUCAGACGUUUGAACUUGGUAUAGUAGCUUGUUUCACCUAGAAAUAUUAACCCAGCCUCCUUAUAAUAAAAUCACAAAGUUAUAUCUGUUCCCCCUUGUCCCAGUGGAGGGUCAAUAAAUCACAUGAUGGCUUUGGCAACAACCCUUCCUAGAACUGUGUACAAGUCUGAGAGAAAGCAAAGCUCCAAGACUAUGUGCCUGAGCAAUAAUUACUGAAACUUAGCUAAGGCCCAAUGGAGAGGAGGGACUUCUGAACAGAAAGUUCAGUUAUCAGGCUGCAGUCCUUGCCUCCCCCUUGCUUUCCUAAAGCAUAAAUAUAAGAACUGAUGUUUUCA